AUGCAGUUUAUGUUGCUCUGUAGUCGCCAGGGGAAAUCGAGACUCCAGAAGUAUUAUGUCCCAUUAUCUGACAAAGAAAUGAAGAAAAUCACAAGGGAACUUGUUCAAACAGUAUUAGCCCGCAAACCGAAAAUGUGCAGCUUUCUGGAAUGGAGAGACCUGAAGAUUGUUUACAAAAGAUAUGCAAGCCUCUAUUUCUGCUGUGCUAUUGAAGAUCAUGACAAUGAACUAAUAAUUCUGGAAAUAAUUCAUCGCUAUGUAGAACUUCUUGAUGAUAUCAUCUACAAUUUUGAAAAAGCAUAUUUCAUUCUGGAUGAGUUUCUUUUAAGAGGGGAAGUUCAGGAGACUUCCAAGAAAAAUGUUCUCAAAGCCAUUGAACAGGCAGAUCUUUUACAGGAGGAAGCAGACCCACAUAGUGUACUUGAAGAAAUUGGAUUGACAUAG